GACGCUCGCCUUCUGCUGUCCAUCGACGUGCAUGGCCAUGCGUUGCUCAUCAAUUUCGUCCGGUGCAGCAUCCUCCAAAGGAUCAAUUUCAAGGCCCGCGUGCAAAGUGCCAAGUGGAGCCCGGACAGUCGAUGGCUCAUCGUGAGCCACGGGAGGAAGAUUCAGCUGUGGCGGACACCGACAGUCGAGCUCGGCUGGCAGUUCGUGAAGGAGCGAAUACUGGCCGGGCACCACGAUGAUGUGGUGGACCUCUCGUGGAGUCCAGACUCCCGGUUUUUCGCAUCCUCUUCCAAGGACGGAACGGUACGGCUCUCCGCCGCCCGCCGACUCGAGGGCUUUCAGCCGAUGGCCCUCCUAGAGCAUCGCAGUCCGGUCAGAGCGGCAUUCUUCUCGAACGACAUGCAGUACUUGUUCAGCAUGUCUCGUGAAGGCGUUCUAGUUUCGGCCAAGUACACGCUCAAAGAGGGUGCGGCCAACGAUGAGGAGAGCGAGGGCAAGCUCCUCUACUGCCAGCCCGGCACGUGGGCCGUAGAGUCCAAGGCUUACUGCCAGCAGCCCAUGCACAACAAGGUCAUACGCUGCGCCUUCGACGGCAAAGCCCAGCUAUUAGCGGUAGGCUUCAGCGCGGGAGUGCUGAUGCUGUUUGAGAUGCCGGCCCUGCAAGCUCUUCAGACAUUGAGCCUUGGUCAGGAGCCCCUGGACGCAGUCGCUCUGGGCGCGAAUGGCGACUGGCUGGCUGUGGGAAGUGCUGGAACUGGGCAGCUGCUCGUUUGGGAGUGGCGUUCCGAGACUUAUGUGCUGAAGCAGCAGGGUCACCACUAUGGCGUGCGAUGCGUUGCCUUCUCCCCGGGCUCAGUGUCCAUGAAGCGCGGCAAGGCCCUUGCUACCGCCGAAGCAAGACCCGAGGACCGCAGCAGCGCCAUUGGAGGUCGCCUCCUUGCCACAGGUGGCUACGACGGCAAAGUUAAACUCUUCAACGCGCAGAGUGGGCUUUGCUUCGUGACCUUUGCGGAACACACAGCUCCAGUCAACGCCAUUUGUUUCACACCUCAAGGGAAUGCGGUGCUUAGCGCCAGCCGUGAUGGUUCUGUUCGUGCCUUUGACCUCCUGCGCUACCGGAACUUCCGCACUUUUGCAAGCCCAGACGGCCUCUGUCAGUUCUCCAGCGUGGCUGUGGAUUCUGGUGGCGAGAUUGUGGCCGCCAGCGCCACAGGAGGAAAGUAUGCUGUUUAUGUGUGGUCCAUUCAGACCGGCAACAUCUUAGAGGUGCUCACAGGCCACACGUCACACGUAGAGGCCCUGCAUUUCUCCCCCUCGGCCGUUCAUCCUGGUCAGCUGGUCAGCGCAAGCUGGGACGGGACACUCAACGUGUGGGAUCUGUAUGCUGGAACCAAGGGUGGCUCUGCUGAAGCAUUGCAGUGCUCCUCGAGCGUCGUAGCCGUGUGCUUCGACCCACGGGGGAAUGACCUCUGCGCAGCCGCAUGCCUCUCCGGGCAGGUUCUGUUUUGGAACGUGGUCACUGCACAGAACAUCGGAUCCAUCGAUGGCAUUCGCGAUAUUCAGAGUGCCAGACACUGGAAAGACAUGUUCUCAGCAGUGAACGAGCGGGGCCUGAAGCCUGGAGGCGGCAUGAAGAAGAGGCGCCCUGCGGACGGCGUGAACCUCAACCAGAAUUUCAACUCCAUCGCCUACGCGCGUAGUGGGGAGCUGCUGCUUUGCUCAUCCCGGAACUCCCCAUUUGUGUCGCUCUAUGACACUUCGGCCUACACCCUUGCAGCGCGGGUGACCAUCACCACAAACCGUAGCCUCAGUGGCGUGCAGUCGUUUCUGAACAGCAAACUCAUGACAGAAGCUGGCGCACCAUGGCAGCAGUAUGAGCUGUCCGACAGUGAUGCCGACGACGUCGAGGUCUCGCGCAAGCGACAACAGAAGCGUCAAGAGGAAGCCCUUCCUGGAGUUGUCGUCGGGGAAGCGAAGGACGCCUACACCGAGAAGGAGUUGCACGUUUGGGACGUCGCUUUUUCUGCUGACUCCCAGCAGUUUGCAGUUGCGACCACUCAUGGCGUCUUCGUAUAUUGCCAGGAUGCUGGCAUGGGAAUGGCGGGCGUUUCCGGCAUCUAUGGCACCGAGACAAGCCGAUUUGUUCCGCAGAUGCUGACCAAAGCAGUGUCGGCACCGGCGGUAUUAAAGGCGCUUGAGGAAGGAGACAUUUCAAAGGCCAUGAUUUUGGCUCUGGCCCUGAACGACUAUGGCCUGCUGCGGAAGGUCUACGAGAAGGUGCCAGUGCAGUCCAUUCAGCUCGUCGUUGCUUCGAUCGGCUCCCCUUUGCUGCCAGCACUGCUGUGGCUCCCUGGCUUUGGAGGUUUGUGGUGGAGGUGUUAG